CUUUCCCAACAAACAUCACAUACAAUUAGAUGGAAAUACUUUUUUCCUUCAGAUGUAUUGCCUCAAUCAUUUAAUCCUGAAAACAUUGCAGGCAAAUACAUAGUCGAAAAUCAUGAAGAAUGUGUGAGCGUUGCAUAUGCUAACAUUAUUGAUAAUGGAAGACCUAAAUGGGAAUUUAAUAUAACUAGCAUUCCUAUAUGUAAUCCUCACUGCAUAAUUUCUGUUAGCGUAAAUCGUAGUCCAAAAAGAACCAAAGACUUUAUCCAUUUUGGAGCAGAAAGCAUAGAAUAUAAUUCAGUCACUGGAUUAUUUAAUAUCAAAAUGGAGAUGAUCGUUCUUUAUUCUUCUAAGUCAGUAAAAUUUAAACACUUAGGUAUAUCAGGAAUUAACAUUAAAAUCAGAAAUACUUAUCUCAUAUCAGGGAUUGUUAAAUUCUCUGAUUUCGGUAAAAUGAUGAUAGAGGCUACAAAUAUCAAUUAUGAAAAGAUCUCAAACAGUAAUUUCAACAUGCCUGAAACCUCAUCCAAUAAUAUAACAAAGAUUCGCUCAAUUAUAGAUAUUAUCGCAGAUGAUGCUGAAUCCAGAACUAUAUCGACAUCCCAUAAUCAAUCUUCUGACUACAGCACCGUUGUAACAACUACGUCAUCUAAGACCUUUCCUGCUUUUACAAUCUCGAAUACAAAUACGAAUACAACUUUCAAACAAACGAACUAUUCGAACUUGGACAAUGAGAAUAACAGUGAAGGAGAACAAACUAAAAACGAUGAAAAAAAGAUAAUACUAUCUGAUGAGUGUGCAAAUUCAAUAGGGGAAAGCGAAGAACAGGAUGAUGAAGAACAACCUAAAAAGAGAAAACGAAGUACUAGA